GGAUUUAUUUAUUUAGUAUAAAACUGUUCAAUUUUAAGAUUAGCUCAAAGAGCAUAUAAUCACUAGAUUAGCUAUACUUUAGUUCAAAAUUAUUGAAAAAGUUUCCUAUCCUUGAAUUCUUUAAUUUAAAAUGAUUCACGAUGCUCUUUUAGUUUUGUGGGAUUGUUCUCAAGCAACACAAGAAACAACCAAAUAUCAGCAUUAUGCCAAUCAAGGAGAUUCAGAUGUCUACCAUAGGAUAUGCGAAAUUGCUAAGAGCCAUCACAGGAUUCAAAUCUUUGUGGAUAGCAUGAGUUUUCAUUGUAGAAAAUCACAUUCAGCUUCUUCGCGUACAACAGGCCUUUACGCUCAAGCAUUGAGUGAAGGCAUCACUGAAGUGCUCCAAUCCUACAAGAAAACUCUUCUAGAAGUGGAAGGACUAGUGAUGGGGAACCAUACCUACACAUUGUCAUUUGUUUAUAGUUAUGUUGAAAAAUACCAGGGCCUCUUCAACACUUUGAAUAGACUGAUCUCUACUAUUAGAGAAAGAAGACUGAAUGGAUGCCAGAUUUUAAGUUUGACUCAUCAGUAUAUAUUGAAUGGCAAUGAAAUGGUCCAUGAUGCUAUAAUUAAAAUCUUUGCAUACAUAAAUAAUGUAUUCAUGAAUCAACUUUGCACCUGGCUGUUGUAUGGUGAACUAAGAGAUCCCUACCAAGAGUUUAUAAUCAUAUGCAGUAGAGAUGAGACUUCUGACACUUUUCUGUCCACCACUCCAUCAAGCACAAAUACUGAUAAGACCCUUUUGAACAGUUUGCAGGAUGCAUCUCUGGACUGUGGCUUCAUAUUAAACCCUAAAAUGAUACCUCAUUUCAUGCCACUUUCUUUAGCCCAAGAAAUAUUAUUUAUUGGUAAAACUAUCAUUUUAUUUGGUUUUGAUCCCCAAAAAAUGAAAAAGGGUACUUCAGUGAAAACCCGGCCAAUGCUAUCUUUAAAGAAGUUUGGAGAUUCUAGAAGGUUUACAAUUUGGGAAGAUAAAGAAGCGGAAUUCCAUGAGAAAUUACAGAAAUUUAAAGAUCCUGAAUUAUUUGAGAUAUAUAACCUGAGAAAUGUAGUGAGGGAGAUCAAGGAGUGUGUUACUAAGCACCUUUGGGCAGUAGCUGUGGAAGAAGCACAGUUGAUCCACGAGCUGCGACUGAUGAAGGAUUUCUACCUAUUAGGCAGAGGAGAGCUCUUCCUGGAACUGUUACGACUCACUGCGCAUAUGUUAGAGAAACCCACAACACGAACUGGAACUAGAGAUAUGAACCAUGCAUUUCAAUUGGCAGCGAGGUCCGUGUUUCUAAGCAACAGUGCGGACAUUGAAAAGUUCAGCUUUGAACUGCCCUAUGUGAAGCCGAAUACGUCUGUAAAUUCGACGAUGACAGAGGAAUCUUAUUCAGCCGCAGACGGUUGGUCCAGCUUAAUCCUGAAGUACGACUUCAAGUGGCCGCUGCACUUGCUGUUCACCCCUGAAGUGCUGGCCCGCUACAACGACAUGUUCCGUCUGCUGCUGAGGAUCAAGAAGACGCAGCACGAUCUGCACUCGCUGUGGAAGACUUAUAAGCAGUCCUCGAAUUUUGCCAUGUGCCAGCUCCACAACAAGCUGAUGUUCCUAAUAAACAACCUGCAGCACUACAUGCAAGCCGACGUGUUAGACACGUCCUUCUCCAAACUCAUGGACGCUGUGACCAAGACCAACGAUUUUGAGAAACUGAGGAAGGCGCACGCGAUAUUCCUCGCGGAUGUGUUGAGCCAGUCCUUUUUGACGAUUACUUCUUCAACCAACAGUGAGUACUCCGGCUCAGAGUCAACGGACUCCAUCAACAACCCCGUCUUCUGCAACAUUAUGGAGCUGCUCAAACUGUGCCAUUCCUUCUGCAACAUGAGCAGUUCCGUUACUGAUAAAGUAUCUGAGGACUAUUACAUUACGGGAUACUCUGAAAGAUUCAACAAAUUAGUGAAGCAACUGAUGCAACUUCUACUAUCGCUUCGAGACCGACCUUGCGGCAUUUACCUCGCUCGUCUGCUGAUGCGACUGGACUACAACCGGUGGUUGAGCGGAGAGGCGCAACUCACUCAGUCUCUCACCAAUAUGCUACGAUAAUGGUACAAGCUGUCAACUUAUGCAACUUCGCCUGUCGCUGCGAGACCGCCCUUGCGGCAUUUACCUCGCGCGUCUGCUGAUGCGACUGGACUACAACCGGUGGUUGAGCGGAGAGGCGCAACUCGCUCAGUCUCUCACCAAUAUGCUACGAUAAUGGUACAAGCUGUCAACUUAUGCAACUUCGCCUGUCGCUGUGAGACCGCCCUUGCGGCAUUUACCUCGCGCGUGUGCUGAUGCGACUGGACUACAACCGGUGAUUGAGCGGAGAGGCGCAGCUUACUCAGUUUCUCACCAAUAUGCUACGAUAAUUGUCCCAGAACACGUCAGGUACGACCAACAGAUAAUAGGUUGGACUCAUGAUUAGAAAGGAAUUCUAUAUAUCGAAUCGUGAAAUAAUGUGAUGCACAGGGAAGUCCGGAUUUCAUUAGGAUAAUUCAAUACUCUGGUACUACAGAGUGCAGUUCCGGUCAAUAAUUAGAUCAAAAACAUGACCAAACAUUUAAAUCUGCGUUUAUCCAUAUUCGAUCUCGCCAUAUACUCCAAAAUUGUAUGCAUCGGCUUAGGGAUGGCGUGGAGACAACUGAGAUAUGAGGAAUGACGGUCCUGUAUGUUUUAACAAGUUGCUAGUAACACUGCCAUUUUGCUGCCAAAUAUUUAAUGUAUUAACUCUAUUAUAAAUAGAUUGUAACGCUAAUGAUGUUUAUAUCCAACUUGGCAUUUUAAAGGGGCAUGCAGAUCUGGCGAACCAUUAACCAGCUAUUUGCUCGCGUGCUUCUUGUAAUACGUAGUAUGCAGCGCGCGAGUUGGCGAAUGGCGCAUUCGUCCGAUCUGGAUGAGUGAUCCUUAGUGAUUAUAAUAUCUUUCUUAAGUUAAGCCAGGGAUACACUAGGGGACAAAUGUCCCGCGACACGUGUUGGCGACAUGUCAAGCGAAAUCUGGCGACAUCGCGCGAUUUAAGUUCGUAG